UCGGACAAAGAGGGUGAAAAAAAAGUCAUGCAGUUCUGCAAGGCAGCUCGCGGCUGUCGGUCGGGAAAGUUGUGAGAAGUUCGCGUGUAGCGCGUCUGUUUUUUGUAGUAAGUAUAUGAAAUAAUAUGUUAUUUAAAUCUUAACGUGCGCAGUUUUGUGACUUAGUUUAAGUUUAGUAACUUGUCGCGAUAAUGGAGACGAGUCCGAGCUCGCCUGCCUUCUCCACGUUGCUGCUGCUGCUGCUGUCGUCCUUGCUCGCCUCGGUGUGUGGACAGUAUCAAGGUGACCAUGGCAUAGCCGUGCCCGACCACGGCUUCUGCCAGCAAAUUACGAUCCCCCUGUGCACGGACAUCGCCUACAACCAGACUAUAAUGCCCAACCUGGUGGGCCACUACAGCCAGGAAGACGCUGGAUUAGAGGUGCACCAGUUUUAUCCAUUGGUGAAGGUCCAGUGUUCUCCAGAGCUCAAGUUCUUCCUGUGCUCCAUGUAUGCACCCGUAUGUACCGUGCUGGAGAAGGCCAUCCCGCCGUGCCGGUCCAUUUGCGAGAGGGCCAAACAGGGCUGCGAGGCGCUUAUGAACAAAUUUGGCUUCCAGUGGCCAGAGAGGCUGCGGUGUGAGAACUUCCCUGUGUUGGGCGACGGCCACAUAUGUGUUGGUCAGAACGAUUCCACGUCCACCGCACCACCUGCCCACAAUGUGAUUCCGGGAACGCCGGAAGUCUACCUGUUUUCCACACCGGACAGGCCUUUCCGCUGUCCGCCAUCGCUCAAGGUCCCGUCAUAUCUCAACUACAAGUUCCUCGGGGAGCCAGACUGCGGCGCCCCAUGUGAAUCUUCUAGAACCCAUGGAGCCUACAUGUUCUUCAACGACCAGGAGAUCGCCUUCGCCCGCGUCUGGAUCCUAGUCUGGUCGUGUUUGUGUUGCGCAUCCACCCUUUUCACCGUGACCACGUAUUUGGUGGACAUGCAGCGCUUCAAGUACCCCGAGCGGCCAAUCAUUUUCUUGUCCGGCUGCUACACCAUGGUUUCCAUCGCCUACAUCACGGGCUACUUCCUCGGGGAUAAAGUCGUAUGCAACGAAAGCUUCUUCCCCGAAACCUACAAAACCAUAGUGCAGGGCACGAAGAAAGAGGGCUGCACCAUCCUCUUCAUGAUGCUGUACUUCUUUAGCAUGGCCUCCUCCAUCUGGUGGGUCAUCCUGUCGCUCACCUGGUUCCUGGCUGCGGGGAUGAAGUGGGGCCACGAGGCCAUCGAAGCCAACUCACAGUACUUCCACCUGGCCGCCUGGGCUGUACCAGCGGUGAAGACCAUCAGCAUCCUGGCAAUGGGGCAGAUAGAUGGUGACGUUUUGAGCGGCGUCUGCUUUGUGGGCCUCAACAAUGUGGAUCCGCUGCGAGGCUUCGUCCUGGCGCCGCUCUUCAUCUACCUCUUCAUCGGCACGUCCUUCUUGCUGGCCGGCUUCGUCUCGCUCUUCCGAAUCCGCACCAUCAUGAAACACGACGGCACCAAGACGGAGAAACUGGAGCGGCUCAUGGUGCGCAUCGGCGUCUUCUCCGUGCUGUACACGGUGCCGGCCACCAUCGUCAUCGCCUGCUUCUUCUAUGAGCAGGCCUUCCGGGAGCACUGGGAGCGCAGCUGGAUCAGCAUGCACUGCAAGAGCCUGGCCAUCCCCUGCCCCAUGCAGCCUGGCCCAAGGAUGACCCCGGACUUCACCGUCUACAUGAUCAAGUACCUCAUGACCCUCAUCGUCGGGAUCACCUCUGGCUUCUGGAUCUGGUCGGGCAAGACCCUCCAUUCUUGGAGGAAGUUCUACACACGCCUCACCAACGGCCAACACGGCGAGACCACCGUGUAGGAGCCUUCUACAGUACAAACUCUCAGCGAGGGAAUGUCACUCUCUGCCUUUUUUAACUGAUGACUGAAUUUGUUGCUCUUCACAAAGACAAACUGUGGAACUUUGUGUUUUCACUUAUUGUCAGUAUUCCCAAUCCUGAACGCAGCCACUUCUUGACGUUUGCUGUUGAAUAUUGUAUGUCACUUGUAAGACUUGCGGGAUGAGGAGAUUAGGAGUGUUUUUCUUUUUUUUUUCUGUUGUUUGUUUUGUUCUGUUUUUUUUUUUGUACUCACAAAAAUGAACAAGCUGAGGCUAAACAAAAACCAAACCUGGAUUUUCCAAAAGAAACAAACGUGGCCAUUUCGAUGCCAUGUGCUGAAACGCUCUCUCCCCCCUCCACUCUGUCUAUCCCCUCCCUGUUUUUCCUCCUCAACUUACCAGCCAUGAAAAACUAAGGCUUGUAGCGCAAGAUGCCAGCUGGGAAUUCAGCAAAAAAAGAGGGAGGUGUGCUGUGGGGGAGGAGAAGGGGGCCUUUGAACGUGGACUUCUUUUCCUUUUUGUUUUUUCUUGCAGUAAAUUGUGCUAGAUGUGCUUUGAGGCACUGUAAAUACUAUUUGUAAGAAAGUAUAUAUAUUUGAAUAUAAUUAUAUAUUUGUAUUUAAA